AUGUCUUUGUUGACUGGUUUCCCAAUUCAAAACUUGUUGGCUCUGGCUGCCUCCACUUCUACAAAGAGGCUCUGCAUUUCUCCUGCUUCACUCAAAGUCCUCCUCGUUAAUCGAUCCGCCCCCGCCGGAAGAAACCCUUUUGCCCUCCGUGUGUCGGGCUCCUAUUCGUCUGUCGCUUCCCCCUCCACCGCCAUGGGUGACGCUGCCGCUGAUUCCGGUAUGGAUGCUGUUCAGAGACGCCUUAUGUUCGAAGACGAGUGUAUUUUGGUGGAUGAGAAUGAUAAUGUCGUCGGUCAUGAUACCAAAUACAAUUGUCACCUGAUGGAGAAGAUUGAGUCGGAAAAUUUGUUGCACAGAGCUUUCAGUGUGUUUCUCUUUAACACAAAAUAUGAGCUGUUGCUUCAGCAACGAUCUGCAACAAAAGUCACCUUUCCUUUGGUGUGGACAAACACCUGCUGCAGCCACCCCCUUUACCGAGAGUCUGAGCUUAUCCCCGAGAAGGCACUUGGGGUGAGGAAUGCUGCCCAAAGGAAGCUCUUGGAUGAACUGGGUAUUCCUGCUGAAGACGUCCCGGUCGAUCAGUUCACACCAUUGGGCCGCAUGUUGUACAAAGCGCCUUCUGAUGGAAAGUGGGGAGAGCACGAACUUGAUUACCUUCUCUUCAUUGUUCGGGAUGUUAAUGUCAACCCGAAUCCUGAUGAGGUAGCUGAUAUCAAGUACGUGAAUAAGGAAGAGUUGAAAGAGCUGUUGAGAAAAGCAGAUGCUGGUGAGGGUGGUAUUAAGCUGUCCCCAUGGUUCAGACUAGUUGUUGACAACUUCCUGUUCAAGUGGUGGGAUCAUGUGGAGAAGGGGACUCUGAGCGAAGCAGCUGAUAUGAAAACCAUUCACAAUUGUUGGCCUGUAAAGGUGGUGGAAUGGAGUGGGUUUGGGACCCAGGUGGGUCAGAGGCUGCGUCGCAGUCGUGCUUUUCGAGUUGUUUUGGUGGUCUUUUUCUGUUUGUUGCGGUGUGAUUGGUGGUGUAAAUUUGUGGUGCGUUGGUUGGUGUGGCGGUUUCAUUUGGUUGCUCGUCGGUUUCUGCUCUUUCGGGUGUCUACAGUACUGGGCAGCCCCUAUGCUUGGAGGGGGCAUGCGUUUUCGCGAGAUCUACUCCCAGCCAGAUACCAGUUUGGUCAGCUUCCCUGCGGGUUUCUGGAGCGUGUUGGUCCCUGUUUUGGCUUGGUUGUGUUGUUCGCCGGUGCUCUCUCCGGUCUCUUUGGUUCUCCUAUCACCGUUUGGUGUCGUGCCAUGUUGGCUCUGUGUGCUGCUCCUGUGUUGCCGAUUCGCUUCAUCAUUGGCCAUGAUUUUGGUUUGCAGUUUGGGCAAUGUCGCUGGCCAAGGUUCUGGCUCCGGGUUUCAUGUGUUUUGGCUGCGGGAGACAUGUUUGGGGUUAGAGCUUCGAUGGUGUCUUGGUUCCGCCCAGAUUUGGCUUCCAUUGCUUUGAUGUCUUGCCUACUGCCGGUUGAGGUCGUGGUCUGUGCGUGGGUGGUUGGUUUUGGUGUUUCAUUCUAUUUGUAG